AAGAAGGUGAGAGCUGUGGUGCUUGAGCAAAACUAGUGUAUGUUUAAAUGUAUAGCAGAUAAUUAGUCACUAUAAUCAAGAAUCAAACAAAAUUAACUGAGAUGAGCUAGAGCAGCAAAAAUACGCUACCAGUAAAAUACACCGGUGACCAGAAAUGAGACAAUACGCUUACCGCAGCACGUUGGAUGGGAUAUAGAUGAGUAUAUGGGAUUAACCUAUAUUUAUCAGAGGCACAUGAUAAAUACUGGCCCCCUCCCAGUCUAUGCGAAAUUGAAGAGCAGUGGCCUUUUCUCUUCACUAAAAGAAGUCUCUCCGCUGUAAUUUCCAAACGCUUACCAACAUUGAUGUUGAUAUGUGCCUUCAUGAAGCUUUUGUUACCAAGGGCAGGAGGAUCUUGAAGUUUUUCCAAACCCAGAGACUUCAAUGGAACAAAGUGUGAAAGCCCAGAGAUGAACAACCACCAGCCCGCUUCCGCUGCCAUCCUUCUGUUGAGGAAGUUCUUCCAACAGAAAGAGGAUGAAGUUCUUCAUCUUGACAGAUCCAACCUCAACCAAGAUGUCCAUUGAGCAGGAGGUGACAUUGCCAUCAUGCUAGUUUGAUGUCUUCAACCCAUUGGAUGGUCAGCAUUGAGGGAACGGUCUUACCAGCUGUAUGACUUUGCCGGUGCCUUUGCCGUCUUCGUUGGCUUCUUGUUCAAUCUGGAGUAUCAAGAGUCAGCAUCCACUACACUGGAGAUGGUACAGAGAUUCUUCGUAAGGAUCAACCCAGAUGAGGGCACCAAGUGCACGGCCAAAGUUGGUACAAGCCGCAAGACUGGAGGAGUUGUCCAGAGAAAAGUGACAAGCAUCAGCUCCUGGGUCACCAGCUUCCUCCAAGGGCUCACCGAAUUUGAUUGGUAGACAUCAAACUAGUACGGGUUCAUCAACAGCUGCCUCCAGUCUCUGGUGAUGGAGAAGUUUGGCCAGGAGACCUGGGACAAGCUGAGCUCUCUACCAGGGGCCCACGAUACCUUCAUGACAUAUACGGUUUACGACGAUAUCCUAACCCUCAGCCUGGUGCAAGAGGCCUGUUCUCUGCUGGAUGUCUCUGCUGAUGUAUUUCUUAAGCUUUUUGGAGAACAUUUUUUUAUUUUUUGUAAGAAAGCGGGCUAUGACACCAUGCUGAGGACAUUGGGAGGAAAUCUCAUUGAAUUCAUUGGAAAUCUGGAUGCUCUCCAUAGUUACCUGGCUCUGUCUUAUCAGGAAAUGAAUGCCCCAUCUUUCCGAGUGGAGAUGACAGAUGAUGGGAAGAUGCUACUUCACUACUAUUCUGACAGGAAGGGCCUGUACCAUAUUGUACCUGGUAUCAUGGAGGCGGUUGCCAGAGAGUUUUUUGAUAGCAAAGUGACAAUGGUGGUUCUCAAUCAAUCAGAGGAAGAUGAGCGGACAGGGAAGAAGGAACAUGUGGUGUUUCUGGUCAAACAGACCAACCAAGCUAGCAAGACUAGAGACCAGGACCAUUCCAGUUAUAGAGGGGAGGCAUUAUUCAGAACAAUGAGAGACAGGUGUUUGUCACUGGCCGGGAAAAGGAGUGGCUGGGAACUGAUCAGGGCUGUGGUUCUCUCAGAAAAAGGCAACCUCGAGUGCACCUUCAGUCCAUGUUACCCAAACAAGCUGUGGAUGGAAGAGAAAGCUUUCUGCAAUACUUUCCCCUUCCAUAUUGUCUUUGAUGAAGAUCUCAAGGUAAGGCAGACAGGGGUGAAUAUACAAAAGUUUGUUCCAGGUCUCCUGGCCAGAGAUGCUACGUUGGACCAAUAUUUCACCAUUAUACACCCACAGGUGACGUUUACCAUUGAGAGCAUCAGGAAAUUCAUCAACAGUCAAUUUGUAUUGAAGAGCUACACAGACAAACACACCACGCUCAAACUAAGAGGUCAGAUGUUGUGGAUGGAGUCUCUUGGCUGUAUGUUGUACCUGUGUUCUCCGAAGCUACGAAGCCUCCAGGAACUUCAAGAUGUUGGCCUCCACCUGGCUGAUCUGGCCCAGCAUGACGUAACCAGAGACCUGGUUCUCCUUAACCAACAGCGUCUAGCUGAGAUGGAGCUCACCAACCAGCUGGAGAGGAAAAAAGAGGAAUUGAGAAUUCUGUCGCAGCACCUAGAGUCUGAAAAAGAGAAGACAGAGACUCUACUGUAUGCCAUGCUUCCACGCCACAUAGCCAAUCAGCUUAAAGACGGAAAAAGCGUAAAGGCAGGGGAGUUUGAGGUGUGCACUAUAUUGUUCAGUGAUGUGGUAACCUUCACAAACAUCUGUGCUGCCUGUGAGCCCAUCCAUAUUGUUCACAUGCUCAACUCCAUGUACUCCAAGUUCGACCGACUCACCAAUAUACACGACAUCUAUAAGGUUGAGACUAUUGGUGAUGCAUACAUGGUGGUGGGUGGCGUUCCAGUUCCUACAGAAACCCAUGCUCACAGAGUGGCAAACUUUGCUUUGGGUAUGAGGAUAGCAGCCAGAGAGGUCACCAAUCCUGUAACAGGCGAACCCAUACAGAUCCGUGUGGGUCUCCAUACCGGUCCAGUGUUAGCUGGGGUGGUGGGAGAAAAGAUGCCUCGCUACUGCCUGUUUGGAGACACUGUUAACACUGCCUCCAGGAUGGAGAGUCAUGGAGUCCCUGACCACAUUCACCUCAGCACUCCCACAUAUAGUGAGUUGAAGGAUUCUGGGUUCAACAUACAAGAGCGUGGACAGAUUGAAGUGAAGGGUAAAGGCCAGAUGACCACUUACUUCCUUUUGGGGAACCUGUUGGUGUCAGAAGAUAGCAUCAUGGGAAGAGAGGUUGGAGGGACCCGUCUUUACAGGGAGGACCUUCAUGGCCAGAACAAGAAAGAACCUGACGAUGAGCCUGAUGUCAGAACGAAAACUGAGCAGAGAGACACACCCUCAGAUGGAGUCAUCGCCCCGGACCCGAGCCGCUUAGACACUAUCACUCCCUUUGCCUGGGACAUCACCCUACCAUAUGAGACCAACGAGAACGGCCACAACACAUUUGCAAACAAUUUCAUCAGCCGUCUCUGUGUCUUACUCUGACUGAGAACCCUCUCAGCCUCUUAAAGAUCACUGAAGUUUAACAAUUCAGGCUUUUGUGUGAUGUCAAAACACAGAAAAAUAGCUUUAUUGCAGCUCCAAUAGCACGACAACGAGACAGGAAAGACAGCAGUGAGAAUACUAUCUAGUUAGGUUAACAACAGGGGCAACUCAACACCAAACCCAUCUGACACUAUGAUACAAAGUUACAGUCACUUUAGUGAGCAUCCCACUUCACACCACAAAGUAGCUUUGUUUAAUAGAGUAAAAUAUUACAUGUAUAGUUCAGAGUUUUGCACAAGUCCAGUUUUGUAAAACUCAGUAUAGAAACCAACCCAUUACCCACAACUAUCUCUAAAUUAGUUCCAGACUCGAACCGAGCCAUUACUGACAUUCAACCCCACUCUUACCUGUAUAGGUAAAUAUAGGCAAAUGCUAUUUGGUACUAAAGAACUGUACCGGCACACAAGGACUCAAAAAAAUAAAUACAAGAAUACCAAGCAGUGAUAUGUGCAAAUUGAAGUGGCAAAUGUGCCCUCCAUGUCAUCAAAACAGAGUAAGAACAAGGAGUUGAAUAUUUUACUGAACCAGUUUUGAAUUAUCAGGUAUAGCCUUUCAAAAAAUGGAGCCUCACUGUGUCCACCUACAACUGGUUAUUUUGAUUAGUAAUGGUCAAAUACACAUGUCAACGUGCUUUUUUCUGGUUAUUUUUUGUGACAUAAUAGAUUAAAUUAAUAUUAUAUCUUUUCAUAAGAUUAUAGUAUGCUCUUUCAUCAGUUUGUGUAGGUGUGGUGCGAAUGAAAAUCUGUGGCCCAGUGAAAAGAAUUCUCUUAAAUUGAGGAAUUGUGAGUAGAGCACUGCUCAUGUGGUCUUGAAACCUGGCCUGAACUGCUACACUACUGUCUGAUCACUACUGUAGUUUGCACUACAGUCAGGGGAACCUUUCAUUGUAAACGAAUGUGUCUCUUGCGAUGAUAAGCUAUAUUGUUAAUACAAUCUAAUGCAUGUGAAAGUGAUGCAUGUGAACACUUUUUAACUUAACUAGAUGAUAGUUUGUAGUUGGUAUGUGGUUUGUUUUUCUCUCUAAGUAAAAUAAAACUUGA